AUGGCAUGUGUCGCGGAUCUAGUGCGCGACUUUGAGUCGCUGCUAGUGCACAAGCAUCGCUUCGCUCUCGCCGACGUCGUGACCUGCUUGCAGGCCAUCAUUCGUGACGUGGAGGAUGUGCAACAUCGCUUGGAGCGUCUUGUGGCGCUGGUGCCAUCAUUCCUGGGCGAACGGGAGCUUCGCUACGCGGCAGUCAUCUUACUCCUGACGAAGAAACGAGACCAUUUGGCGAAAUUUCUGGAGGACGGAAUGCAAGUGCUGCAGAACUCGCAUUCAAGACGAGUCGAGCAAUAUCAGGAGGCGAUCACGCAGCUUACCGCCGAGUUCAAGCUGGCUCUAGAAGACGAGCAUUUGCAGCGGGGCAAACAGUUGCACUUUGAUAUUCAGACAAUCGAGACGUCCAUGGCGACGAUGCUACUGCCACAUUUCGAGAUCUGCAGGACCAUCACCACUGCAAAUGCUCAGGUGCAGUCUGUGGGUUCUUCAUUUUCUAAACCAGAGCGUGACGCCAUCGUUACUUUCGUGCGUACAGCUGCAAUGCUGAAAAGUGGGGACGUGACCUUCAGCAGCGUUCUUCAAGACGCAUCGAAGUUUCUGGAGCGUCUCGCUCUAUUCGAGCAAGCUGCUAGCAAGGAUGCGUUUCUGGUUUGCUCGAGUGCCUUGAAGCUGCAAUUCCGGGAAUCUCUUGACCAAGAACUCUUCCUCGCAUAUGUCCAGGACUGGGUCUUAAAACGCGAAUCCUUGCAGGUUUAA